CUUUGUGUACUGUUUUUUCUUUCGUCUCAAAUUUCGGAUUUGGUUUCUUUUUUCCCGCCAAACCAUCUUGAAAACUGUUUGAAACCAGCCGUUUCGUUUCAGCAAUGUCGCCUCCACACUUGACCACCGCUGCCGUGCGCGCAGGCUCUGCAACGCCGGGCUCGAUGGACGCGCACCCAAACUUGAUGGCGACGGUCGUGUUUGACCAGCUGGAGGCCGGACUGGCAGACAACGGCGAGGAGACGUCGCGCUUUGGCGCUCGCAAGGAAGAAGGCAUUGCGCUCUACCGAGUGGACACUAUGGCCACAGCUGCCAGCGCGCCGGGCAGUCUCGCGAGUCUGACAGCACAACAACAAGGCGCGCCGCUGUCCUCGCGCAACGAGGCGGACGAGGAAGAGGAGCAGCACAAGGAAAACGGCGACGCCAGCCAAGUCCGUGUUCUUGGCGCGCAAAAUCCCGUUUCAAAAUCGACCAAACCCGCGUCAACCGCCUCGAGCGGCGCGCCCGCGUUCUUUGCGAGCGCGAGCCCACACGGCAUGUGCCUGUGCGUCAACAAGCAAAUCCACAUCUUUGGCAGCAACUGCGACCAACUGCUCGCCACCGUCAACCUCGACGCCUCUGCCGACGCGGUUGUAUGGAGCGAUGAUGGCGUGUUUCUCGUCAUUGCGGACAGCCUGGGCUCGGUGCACUUUCUGCACGUCCCCUCGCAGCUGAUGCUGUUUUCGCAGCAGCUGGUGGCUCCGGGCGCUCUGCAAGGCGGCUCAACGCCGAGCGCGAAGCAGUCGUCGUCCGUGUCGUCUCGUGCGCGGCCCACAGCGUUUGCUGCAAUGCAAUUCAUCAAGAGCCUUCGGAACGACGCCGUCUAUGAGCUCAUUGUCGCAUCGGCGCAGGGUCAGCUUUUCCGCUUUUUCGACAUUGAUCUGUCCGCGCUCGCCCAAGCCAUCGUGCAGCGCAACUUGGCCCAGGCGAAACAAAUUCAGGCAGCAAUCACCAUGUCGUGCACAGAUCUCCGAACUGUGCAUCCCAAGGCCGUCAGCAGCAUGGCAGCGUGUGUCUCUGUCGUGCCUGUGACCAGUGGCACUGGCCCCAGCACUGCCGACUCUGCCGACACGUCUGCAACGAGUGGUGGUGCCGUGUUGCGAAUGGAUCCAUCGUCCGCCGUUGUUGUCGCAGUGACUGACAGCGAGAAGGCUGCUGUCUCUCUGUGGGUGGCCAACUACGGCGAAAAGCAAUUCCGACAGGUCGAUCUGUGUGCGCGAGUGCUGGGCGGCGUGCCAGUUUCGAAAAUCCAAGCCAUGCCGGAUGGAAAGCACUUCCUCACCUGCAACGAUGCUGGAAAGCUGGCCUUGUGGCGGUUGCAGCGCGAGUAUGGAGCCGUGUCAUGCUCCUUUUCGCUUCAAUUGCUGCGCGAGUCCGCCGUUGGCUUGGCCUGCAGCGACUUUAGCGUGUUGCCGUUUUGCGAAGAGGACGACGUUCUGGCGACCUUGGGAAUGAUUCCAUCAGAGAGUCACGAAUAUUCCCAGUCCACCAACACUGGAAAAGUUCCAAUGUCGGCCACCGCCGCGUCGACGGUCGCCGCGGCCGCCAAAAGCGUGUCGUGCUCGCAAGGCAAGAUUGCCGCAGUGACGCUGGCCUCGGAAACGGGGGCACUGCACGUUGAAAUCAUGGCAUUGCCCUCGUUUGCUCGGCUUUACACGCUCGAAGUUCCCAACAAGACGUGCAUCGCCACAAUGGAGUUUGGCUAUGAUUCCGUCGCGUUUGUCGAGUACCGUUCUGGAGAAGAGAACUCGUCCAAGCUGAUUGUGCGCCGAUUGCAAGAAACUCUGCCAACCAAUCGCUUCUACCACCUCCUGCACAAGGGCCACUUUGAGGAGGCCAUUCAAUUUGCCAAAUUGUUCCAAAUGGAUGUCGAGCUCGUGCACAAGGUGCGCUGCACGCAUAUCGCCGACGUUGCUAUCAAGGGUGGCGUUGGAUCUGCCGCUGCGGAAGGCGCAGACAAACAGCUGGUGGAUGCGCUCCGCAACGUUAAAGAUCUCGACUAUGUAAUCGAGUUUUGCAUCCAGGCGUCGCUUCCCUCGUUGCAAAGCACCGUCGCGUUGCUCGAGUUUGCACAAGCCUCGCUGCUUGCCGACGACAAGAGUGCACAGCAGCGCCUCAGCGUCGGGGAUCGCGAGCUUCGGAAGAUGGAAGUCGCCGACACGCUUCAUCGCUUGUCCACUUUCCACUUGUCGCGCUGCGGUACGAUCGCUGGCGGUACUGCAGCAAGCCCUGUGGCAUUGCCGUUCGAUGGCAUUCAGUGGCAACAAUUUCGCGUUGCUGACCCCGCCAAAGAGGUGGUGGCCCAGCUCAACAAGGGCAACCUGGGCGCGGCAACCGUGGUCUGGCGUCGCCAUGUUCAGGAUCUAGACGGAUCCCUCAAAGCCCACAUCCGUCACAUUCUGGCUGCCAUUCCGGAGGGCUUUGAGGUGUGUCACCAGCUGGGCAACGGUGUGUCGUCAUCCAUGGAGGACGGCAAUGCAGGCUCGACCAUUGUGUCGUCCAGCCACUAUUGCGCGUGGUUGAGUGCCGAGCUCAUUCCGCAUAUUGCUUCGCAUCGCGAUAUUGCCUUCUUUGCCUCGUGGCUUGAGCAACGCUCGAGACUGCUGGAGAAGGCUGAGCCUGCAAAGUGGCCUGCCAACGGCAUCGCCAUGCUCUCCCUCGCCAAGCCCUUGACUGUUGCGUACGCUGUCGAAUCAGGAUCUGCAGCGGCGGCCAAGGCCAGCGAAGGCUUUGCGGCUACGCCGCUUGAUACAAUUCGGCGCAUGGUGCUGUUUGCUCCUCUGCCAACCUCCAGCCAACCCGACGGCUUGUCGGCGCCCACAGCAGCAGCAGCAGCAGCAGCAGCAGCAUCGGACGACGGAGAAGAUGACCUUGAGCGCAAGAGCAGCAUUCUGGCGGCAUCGCAGCACUUUACUGCUUGUCUCACGGCAGUACAAACGCUGCACCGGCAACUGGAAACGCUCGCCUACCUGCGAGAGUUGGACAUUAAAAUGACGCUCGACCAUUUUGUGCAAGAAACGCCUUCGUCCAUUUGCCUGUUCUUGCUCGAGCGCGUUGCUGCCGCCGAACUGCUGGCUGGCGUGGUCCAAAAUGAGAUUCAGCCAUUUGCUCAACGCGAAUCGUUAAAGUGCGACGACGUUCUGCAGUCGUACUGCAACGAGCUGAUGGCUGGCUGCACGGCGUUUGCCUCGGCGUUGUCCGACUCGCCGUGGGAGGCCCGCGUCGUUGCCAUCAUUCCCUGCAUCCAGGGAAUUUCCACGCGUGUCGAUGUUACUCUGGAAAUGAUGCGGCAUAUCGUCGUUCCGUGGAGCACAAGCGUGGAGACAAUUGUGCAAAAUGCCCUGACCGUUUGGUCGCACGAUCGUCAGUCCGAGGUUGGCGAGCAGUACCGCAUCAUGCACAUCCGGAAGGCCCUUUCCCUGUAUGGGUUCCGUGCGUUCAACAUGUCCGACAUGACGCAGGCGCGAGGGUUGGUCUCCGCCAUCCUGUCGCGCUUGGACGUGCCCUCGGCUCUCGACGACGCGCUGUCUGUCGUGAAAGCCUACCACCAUCUCGAAGAAGCGGACGCCUAUGUCAUUCGCUUGCAAAAUCUAUGCCCAGGCUGGCUUCCCACCGAUGGCGCGACGAUCGAGCCGAGCCGCCUCGAGCAAGCGUGCGUCGAGCGCUCCACGGCAGCGGCGCGCGCCAUUGGUUCUCUGACCAGCUCCAAAACGCUCUGCAGCGUCGCGUCGCACUUUCUACAAUGGCUCCAUGAUACCUUGGAUGACAAUAUUCUCCUCCAAGAGUACGAUAAGCGUGCUCGUUUGGCCGUCAUGGCCUACAGCCAGAGAGUUUUGGAGGCCCUGUUGCUGCAAUCCCAGGAUUUGGUGCUGCAGUCCGCUGUUGCUUCCGCGUGCUCUGGCCCUCAAGCGGCCGAGCAGGAGGUUGUUGAUUCUCGCCUUGUGGCGCUACGAAAGCAGCUGUCGAUGGCCAUCAAACGCCUUCCAGUUUGUCGGGAGCUGCAAACCGGAUUUGGCGAAAUUGCGGGGCUCUCUGACUGGCAGACCGAUGCUCAGCAGCAAGACAUUGUCGCUCGCCUCUUUGCGGCGGAAAUGUCGGAUGCCUCGCUGGAACGGCUGACUCGUCUUCUCGGCAUGGAUCAUCGCGGAGCCUUGUUGUGUCUUGCUCGUCUGGCGCUCGACAGCGGCAACAUUGAUCGCUCCCUCUGCUUCUGUGAGGCGGCCCUUGCGUUUGGUGAUGCCUUGCAUCCUGAAUCCCACGACGCUGUGAUCACAUUCGUCCAGUCGCUUGUCGCAAAGGUGGCCAACGACUUUGCCGAGUACGAGCCCAAUCUGAAGCUCAUGAAGUGCAAGGUCGUUCCGCGCUGUCUGCGCUUGAUCCAACAGUGCGCAGCAGUCUGCAACAUCCCGCAGCUUGGGGAUGCAGUGGGUGCGUACAAGUACAUUGAUCUCGCCAGUGCCGUUCUGGAGAACUGCGAGUGCGAUCCCUCCUCAUCCCCUUCCACCGAUCGCGGUGACAGCGCUGCUUCAUACGCCCUCAUUCACGGCGGCGCGUCCUCUGCAACGUCUGCUUCUGCGACUCGGUUUGUCGAAACCGGCCUGGUCUUGAGCUCCCGCAGCGCCAUGCCAGUUGCAGCUCGUCUGGUCGCGCAAGCAUCGUCUGGCCCGGCUACCUGUGCACCGCUCGCGACCAUCACAAAGUCGGCGCGAGAACUAGUGCAGCUGGCCAAAGACAACAGCCUGUACUCGCUGGCGCUCAGGUAUUCGCUUCACUCUCUCGCCACGUGCGUGCUCAAAAUGAGCCACAAUGCAGAGCUUCCUCUCGAUGCAUUCCUGCUCCCAGAAGAUGCCAAUCUUGCAGCGGACGCGAAUGACGACGAGCCUGGACUGCGACAGGCCCUGGAGAAAUCCAACGAAACAAUCCAAACCAUGCUUUCUGCCGUGGCCACCCAGUCCUGCUCGGUGAUUGAUACCCUUGCCUCGCUUCUCACAGGCAAAAUUGUCCAAGCGCCGGCUGUGGAUGGCUCGCUCGCGAUCGGGGCGCUGUUUUCAAUGCGACUCGAUCAUGCAUUGGACGCGCUGCACGCUCACAUCUCCAUUCAAGAUGGAGGCCAUGCAAGGCUCUCGUCCUUGGCGAGGGUGGGUUCCAUCCUGUUGGCGCAAGACCAAAGCAGUGACUCGGUGCUGCAGACCGAGUUCCAGCAACUCGACACGCAAGCCCAAUGGUGGAACUAUCUCGCUGUGCAAGGGAUUGAUUUCAACCCCAAGCGCUUCUUGGCCCUGGGUCAGGCCCAUGAGCAAGCCAAGGCGGACGGUCUGUUGGCGCAGCCUUCAGAGUUCCAGACCUACGUGGCUGCCCUCUGUCAAAAGCUGGUUGCCAGCUGGUGCGCGGGAUUGCGAACGCCUGCAGAAGCAUCUGCUGCGGUGCGGUCGGUGCACUUUGAGAACAUUGUGCGGUUUGCUGCUUGCUUUGGGGUCGACAGCAAGGUUCCACUCUUGUCCGCGUGCAGGUCGCUGCUGCUGGAUUCGACCACUCCCUUGGCCAUCUUGAGGAUUGUGCUUCCACCGCUGUUGGCGCACACCAAUGAUCUGGAAGGCAUCUUUGAGUGCCUGCUCGACGAGUGUCUUGGAGAGCUGGAUGCAACCGACUAUCCUCGCAUUCGCUUUGUGCUCGCAACAUGCCAGCAGGUCGCAGGUGUGCGACGCGCGAGUGUUCCUCUGUCUGUUCAGCAGGGCAGUCUUGUGAUUGAUGUUCUCGAGCACUUUGAUCGCUUCAUGGCCGACCAAAAGACUCAAACUACAGCACGGCAGGUCAAAUCCGCGACAGCCCGUGUGGAAGGCGAGGCACCCGCACGAAUGUCCUUCCAUGCUCUGAUUUGCCCGCAGACUGCAUGGGAGGUCCUCGCUCCGUUCCUGACCAUCGAGUCACUUCCCCGUCUCCUGCCUUUGUCCCGCAUCCUGCAAUUGCCCAGUGACAAGUUCUACGUUGCCGCCAUCCAAUCCAUGCUGGUUCCUUCGACAUCCCAAGCCUCGAGUCACUUGGCCAACGCUGAGCAAACCGCGCCCGAGUCGAAAGCGACUGCUGCGAGCCUCAUUGAGAUGAUUGAUCGAAUUGCUGACAUGGAUUUUGCGGUGGCAACGGCCGCGUCUGUUGCCGAGCGGCUGCCGCUUGGCGACGACAAGCUGGCGCUGCUGCGACAUGCUGUGCAGUUGGUCGAAAAGUGGGGAGCGCAGUUGGCUGCGUCUGGAGGCUCUGCGGCCACCGUGGAUCGCGUCAAGAAAGUCAGCGAAACGCUGUCACAUCUCAGCAAGCGAACUGCCACGCACGUUGAGCUGCACCGGGCUCAACUGGACCUGCCCGAGCUCCUCGAGCAUCUGGACACACCCGCAGAACUUGUUUGCCAGCUGUAUUGGAAGGUGGCAGAGCGAAAUUCCGCUCCAGCCGCCAAGGGGGCGGCGCCGCAGUCCGAGGGCAAGCACGACAUUCAUGCACUGGUCAAUGGAAUUGCGUCGCGAUACAUGCUCAGCGCAGACAAGAUUCGCCGGUAUUUGUUGGAGACUUGGAUUGCUCAGGUCGAAAAACCAACCGUCGUCCAGGGGUGGCGCGUCGAAGAUGCCAUUGCCUCCUCCUCGUCCUCUGUGGCGCAACCGAGCGCUUCGACUGCCUCUCGCCCCGGAGCUCGUAGCGGCGGCAUGUCCCUGAUGAAGUCGCUUCUGCUGAGCGACUCAGAUGUCAAACCUGCCGCAACAGCACCGCUGCAGGCUCCGCCCACCAAAUCGGCCGAGCACGAGACGGAUGCAUAUGCCCCAGUCAUUUCCCCUGUGGACGAAGCCUCGCUGAAUCGUGCGAUUCUUGUGGCGCGUGCUGACGUGACGAAAUCACUGGCCACGUUGUUGCCCAUGGUCAUGCAAGGCCUGCUUCCUAGUUCGAGCAAAACCUCGCAACCUGCUCAAGCGCCUGCGUCUCAGCAGCAGCAGCAGCAGCAGCGGCUGGCAUCGUAUGUGCGAUAUCGAGCCGCACGCGUCACUCUUGCCGUUGCUCCCAUCCUCACCAUCGAAAAGGCCUUUGCAAGCCCGAUUGCCGAGUUUCAAACGCUCGUCCAGCAGCUGCUAAUCCAUACUGAGCUGGAACGCGUGGGUGUCUCCCAAUCCCUGGCAGAACUCGAGUCCUGCAACAUGGAGGGCAUGAUUCGUGCCUUGUGGCGCAAUCACAGCGGCAAACCCGCCGCAGUCCGUUUGAUUGCCAACCUGUGUCUCGAUUAUGAGAUUUUCGAUCCUAGUCUCUGGAGCGGCAUUUUACCUCAGCUGGCCAAGUUUGGCAUGAUGACGUUCCUUGCGGCAACCUUGACGAGGCUGAGCGGUGUGUCGGAAUCGGCUCAAAUCCCCUGCCUGCAGUCUGUGUGGCAAAACGUGCUGCUGAGCAAAUCGAUCGCACCGCAAGAAGCCACCUCUCUGUUUGAUUGCUUCCCAUCUUUGUUUGACCUUCGCUUGGAAGACUUGUUCGCAAGGGCAAUGCAAGACGCGAACACUCCUGUUGCUCUUCGUUGUGCCGUCGCGGCCACGGGCGUGACUCGCAGCAAGAUGAUUAAGGACUUGCUGGAAGCCAAACUGUACAUUGAAGUCCUUGAUGGCAUCGAUCGCAUGGCCGCUAGUCCUGCUCUCAAGAACGUCGUGUAUGAGUGGGUUGACGCCCGUCAAGACUAUGGCACCAUUUUGCAUUCGACGCAUUUCCCUGAGUUUGUGUUGCACAUGAUUACCAACGAUCGCAUUGAUAGCCUGCUGCGUGCGACCAUGUCGGCCAAUCGAUCGAAUGAAGCUGUGGCUCUCGUCGAAAGGUAUCUGAAGCUACGACCAUUUUCUCGUUUUGCCUCUCAUUUGGCAGACGUGACUCCGAUUCCGUCGGGCAUGGCUUUGGUUGAGGCUUAUUUGAACCGAGCAUGAAUAUUUUUUGAACCGAGCAUGAACAGUUUUUGAACCGCGCAAGAACAUUUUUUGAAGCGAGUUUGUCGCCCUGUUGAUACAUAAAUUGUAAAACCUGUAAAUUGUACUCUUAGUUAAG